GUGUUGCCGAUAUAAAACAUAAGGGGUGUACUCUUUUAUUCAUCGGUUGGAAUCCCGUUUAGCUGUUAAAAACUCUGGACCGUUUGUAAACUACCAGCUAGCUAGUGCUAGCUAACUUAUGCAUUAUUGAAACGGCUAGCCUGUCAGUGAGCAUUGUAGGUUAAGUUGCAUUUAUCCUGCAGCUAGCUGUCCGUAUUCGCUGUUUUGUUAACCAGUUAUAAGGAGAAGUAAUGUGUACAACUUUCAAGCGAAUUUAUAGUUGGAAGCAUAACUAAGUGUUAAUGUAAAGUAGGAUAACUUAUGCGGCUAGUGACGUUGAGGAGGAGCGUAUUGCUUCUUAACUAUACAUCGUCAGUUAUGCUGGCUAUUGUAAACAACCAGGACAGGGUAUCUGGACGUUGGAGGCGACCAGUAACGAUUGCGUUUUGAAGUUAGCAGCAGUGGUAGCACCAUACAAUUAAAAGAACACCGCAGACAAAUAUAAGCCUUGGGCAGCUGACGUUUCUACUGGAGUUUGGGUCACUUACUUAACUGUAGGCUAUAACGCGUGACGCUAUUGACACUAAAUUAUUCGGGCAUGUGUAAUAUGGUGUUCUAAAAGUUAUUUGCCACCACUAUCAUAAAACCAACAGUUUCACCCACAAUUAACAAAGUCAAUUCAUGCAUGAUUGUCUAAAUUAUAACGUUACACGGUGGUCAGCAGCUGAUUAGUAAAAGUUCACAGCGUUAUAUAUGCACGGAUACACUAUUAUGUAUUUGUUCCCACCGUCUAAAUUAAUUCGUUAAAACGGAGAAAGCACGAAAUCAUGGCACAGACUUAACCUUUCCAUAAUGUGUUUGUUAUUUUGACCCAAAGGCUUUCAUCACAUCUCGCACUUCCUUAACCCGUUUUAUCCUGAAUUUUCCAGACAUGAAAAUAUCUAAAUCACGUGUCAUUAGUAACCCUUUGAAAUAAUCAAAGUUUCAUGGAAAAUUAGGGGUUUGUAAGUGUGUUUUAUGGGCAGUCACAAGUGUGACCGGUGAGGUAAUGUGAUGAUGUGACAACAUAUUUCUCUUAGAUGCAGUCAUCAAAAUUCUUACACAUGGCAUCCCAGUCAUUAACACAUUUAAAACUCAGUCGCCAGCAUUGCCACUAGAAUGCUUUAUCACAUUCUAGUGUGACUGAUAAUGUUCCUGUCAUCUGUUUGCAUAAUAAGUUCAGCAUAUGCAUUCAACAGCCUGGCUGGCAAAUAGCCUGUAUCCCCUUCAUAGUCCAUAUCUGACCCAUCGUUAUUAGUCACUGAGGACAUCUUUCUCAUUUUGAGAGAUAACUGCGAUGUUCCCUACCUUGUCUGGGCGUUAACCUAGAUCCAAUGCAUCAAGAACUUGACUCAAAGUGAAACUAAAAGAAAGAACAGAGUAGAAUGUCAGGUAGAACAAGAGCUAUGCGUACGCAUGUGUAUACCUGCAUGUAUUUCAUCGAGACCCUUUUUAUUAUUUCAGUGUCUGCUGGAAAUGCAUUGAUACAUCAUUCAUUAACAUUUUUAGAGCCUCAUAACUGAAAAUAUUUUUGUAGGAUUGAACAAGUUAAUUGUGCUGCUUCCAGAGGAAGAGAGAUUCAUAAGUUGUUAGUGUCGUGUCAGAAACUCACAUGCGCUGGUGUGAUUCAUGGGACGGACCUGCCUGACUUGUCGGUCUUUACCCAUGCUGUGGACUUGGUAAGGGCUGUUUGUUUCGGUGUGGGCCAUGGCAACACAUUUGACAGAACAGGCCUAUAGCCUACUUGGGAAAUUUCAUGGUAAAGGAAAGAUGGUGGACCGGCUGGCGAACAGCGAGGCCAACAACAAGCGCAUUGGCGUUGUGGAGGGCUGCUUCGGCACGGCGGGUCAGCCGCUGGCCAUCCCAGGCCGCGUGCUCAUCGGCGAGGGCGUGCUCACCAAGCUGUGCCGCAAGAAGCCCAAGGCUCGUCAGUUCUUCCUGUUCAACGACAUCCUGGUGUACGGCAACAUCGUCAUCCAGAAGAAGAAGUACAACAAGCAGCACAUCAUCCCGCUGGAGAGCGUCACCAUCGACACGGUGGCGGACGAGGGGGACUUGCGCAACGGCUGGCUCAUCAAGACGCCCACCAAGUCCUUCGCCGUCUACGCCGCCACUGCCACCGAGAAGUCCGAGUGGAUGAGCCACAUCGGCAAGUGCGUGACCGACCUGCUGUCCAAGAGCGGCAAGGCGCCGAGCGGUGAGCACGCCGCCGUGUGGGUGCCCGACUCCGAGGCGACCAUCUGCAUGCGCUGCCUGAAGGUCAAGUUCACGCCGGUCAGCCGCAGGCACCACUGCCGCAAGUGCGGCUUCGUGGUGUGCGGCCCGUGCUCGGAUAAGAAGUUCCUGCUGCCUAGCCAGUCGUCCAAGCCUGUGCGUGUGUGCGAGUUCUGCUACGAGCAGCUCUCCCUCGGCACAGGGCUGCACACAGGUCGGCCCGACCCGUACGGACGGUCGCCGGGCAACAACGUCUCAGAUGACGACGACGAGGACGACAGCAGUGACUGAGAGACCUGACGAGAUCUGGUCCCACUUUCACCUCUCAACUUUUGUCCCUCCCUACCUUCCAGUCCAGUCCAGUCCAGUCCAGCCCAGCCCAAAGCUUGGCUUUUAGGAACAUUAACGUCCACUCUGAGCUUUUUGACUAAACUCUGUCCGCCCCACCUCACUAUACCUUCACAUUAGCACAACGCUUUUGCAACCCUCCCUCCUGCAGAACUGCUUUGGACUCCCACUCACUUGCUGCACGCUGUUUUACAAUAAAUGUCCAAUUAACUGUUGAGGUCUCCCAGCCCUUAGGAUGGCAUCCUGGUGCUGAUGGAUUUGAGUAGGUGCAUUCCACCGUGAAGAUGAAACACUAGGUGAAGCCCCUGCUUCCUGCACGGCUUUCUCCGCACCCAAGGACCUCUCCAGCAGGCUGUGCCGUCUCUCACAGUCUCACUACAGGAGUGAGAUGUCUCACAGUCUAACUAAAGGAGUGAGAUGUCUCACGCUACCCUUUUCCCGCCCACGCUCUCCUCUCUCUCUCUCUCUCGCUCUCUCUGUGGGCUGGAUCCAGCCUGUGGUUCCUUUCGUCCCCUCAGGCGUUUGCGUUUGCCUAUCUGUUUCUCUACCUUUGGACUCUACAUGGUGCGCGGCUACUGCUGCCUUCGCCGACGUUACUGCAGGGAAGAGCGUGUCGGCGGUGCUCAAGCACAAGCUGUAAAUAAUCUCUCGCUCUCUAGCUUUUUUUGGGGGUGUGAUGGAAUUGAGAAGGUGCACUCGUGUCUAGAUUCAUGUCAGAAUCAGUAUUUUUGUACCUUCUAACCUUCCUUUUUAUAUAACAGGAGAUGCAUUUGUUUUCCCCCUUUUGUCCCCAAGACACCGACUCAGUCAACAGACCUACCUGUUAGUAUGCAUCAAAGUGCAUUCUAGUCCUGAAUAGAUAAUGCCAGUUGAAUGAAUACUUGCUUAAGACAAAUCAACGUGUCCCUUCGGAGACUGUGCUAGCUCUUAAAAGUGUGUUUGUGGCUGUGGGUGUGUGCGUGUGCGUGUGCGUGUGCGUGUGCUUACUUUAUGCAGGUUCCCAAAAUGAAGCCUAUCAAAGGCCUUACCGCCACUGUGCCUUCUGACAUGUAAACCCGCUAGGGGAGCAAGUGUUUCUUCUCAUGUUUCAGGGAAAGUCCAGUGAAAAUAGCAAAAGCAAAAGCCAUGUUUCAGUCCCAGAAGAAUCCAGUCCAUGGACCACAGCCCGACAUGGGAUGUUUGUUUGAUUGUGUUUUGCGAACUCCUCUAUGUUGCGGGUGUAUAUGAUAUGGAUUUAGAGUUAGAGAUUAGAGGUCUAUAUUGGAUACCACAGUUUUAUGGAAACACCUUGCCAGUUGUGUGUAGCUUCUAGAAUCGGAAGAGGAAGGAUGUCUUGAGACAGUGUUGAGUCUCUAGUGAUAAAAUGAUGUCACAUAGAGGAGAGCUACUGUACUCUGUUGCAUCAGGCACCAACUGAUGCAUUAGAGCUUGCCCUAACUCUGCCCUCCAGCUCUGCCUUAAGGGACCUCUUACUCUAGAGGAAGUGGUCAGUGUCACUCCGAUGUGAAAAUCGUCCUCUUCCCUUCUCUCAGCCAACCCAUGUGGAGUUGGUGUGUGUGUGUGUGUGUGUGUGUGUGCGGGUGGGCUUGUAUGUGUGUACGUUUUCUGAGUGAAACCAUGGUCUUUCCCGUGACUCUUCAAACAGGAAUCGAGACAUGCAAGCAGAUGUUGUUUUUGAGGAAGCGGCACUGCAAAACCACAAUACUGCAUACUGAGUUGCAUUGAAGUGGAUGUCUGAAUGCACUACUAUUUUUGUACGCCCUCUCCAAAUCUCAUUUUCUUACAUCACACCGAGCCAUACUCCACCCCUGCCGCGUGACGUGUGACGCCACAUUGCAGUGUCUGGGCCCAAUAUUACUUUACUCGCAAACCACAGGUGAAUGUGAAUCCAAUACAGAUGCUUCUAAUGUCCUGAGAAAGGAACCGCAAAUGUGUGUGCAUGUCAUUAUCUACAAGAGAAAACUGACAUUGAAAAGGGAUUUUUUAUUUUUUUUUCUUUAAUGUUAAGAGCAUUGACUGUUACUAGAUCUAAUAUGCAAUAAGAUGUUUUGCAUUAACACAAACUUGUUUGCUGUUUUCCCUGAAAACAAUUCUUUCAGGUUAUGCUUGUGCACACAAAACCUCACAUGGUUCGUGAAACUAAUCUAUAAGAGUUUACGGAAAUUAAUCUCAACCUCGAUCUCGCUGUCCUGUGUGUGAACUGCUUUUAAUUUUAGUAAUUGACUUCAGGUAAUUGUGAAGUUUAGCGGUCACCUGUCCAAGGAAUAGGAACAGACCAGAAGUGAAGCGAGGCUUAGACUAAAUUUAGCUUUGUCUGAUCAUUUUUGCACCGGAAACCAUCCAUGCAUUUCCAAGUCCAGUCUUUUUUUUUUUUCUUUUUCCUCCCUACUUUAAACCAAAAUCUUACAUUAAUUCAGUCAUUUGUUUAAUGUUAGCUGUCUCAAUCUUGCCAGUGUUGUAAAUUUUGUACAGAUACAUUUUUUCUCUGAUGUAGUUUUAAGUUCUGCCCUUUUGAACUGGCCCCAGAUUCUGGAACAACUAUAAAACCAGCACUUCGGUUCUCAAACUUGAACAAAGGACAGGUGCUUGGAUCGAGGGACUCAUGUCAACAAGCCUUUCAGAACACUGGAGGAAAUGGCCUUAAGAGCUACCAAAGGGAAACUAGAGCAGGGACUAGAACCCAUUGGACUCUCUGGACCAAAAGUCAAAAGGACGCCAGAUAGAGCAGAGGCGGGAUCUGCAAUAACCAGAGCUGAUGUGUUUUUGCACCCAGGCGGUGAGUAAUAAUGUUGUGGACAGAAGAUCCAGUGAGGGAAAUAAUACAUUUAAAAAAAAAACUUGAGUUGUAAUAUGAACUGAACAAUAUAAUUUGUUUUUGUUUUUUUGGUUGUUUGGAUUAGUUGGAGUGAACCAUUUUAUUGUAAUUUAAAAAGAAAAAUCCUUCUCUUUUGGGUGGUUUUCGCUCCUUGAAUAUGGUCUGUUCCUUUGUCACUUAUCUGAUUUUAAAAAACCUAAUGAAAGGGCUUAAACCAGAAUGUAAUCAAGCAUAUCAUUAUUAGAUACUAAUUUUCUGAGGAAAAAUACAGUGUAUUAUUACAGAAA